GAGACAGUAAGAUGGGUGUGCAUGUGUGUCGACAUGCCGACGUUCAAUUGCGACUGGCGGAGGUAUGGGGUCUGGAUACCUGUAAUAUCGUCAUCUUCAAGGUGAUCCUAGGAAAGUGCAAGGUUCUGAGCACACAAGGGAACACUUCAGAAAAUGUGGAGCCCACGCCGAAUUUUGACUGUCACAUCAGUAAAACUAAGCCUUCCCUCAGUGAUUCAGUGUCUAUCCAGGCUGCAAGGUCACAGAUAUACUUGUACGAGUACAAUGAGGACUGUGAAACUGUGGAGAGGCCUCGACACUGUAUCCCCCAUGCCAUCGUGUCGUACAAUAGGAAGUCCUCCAGGACCGUGGACACCAAAGCCAAGGGUUACACGUCGGAGAAAUCCUCCGGGUACAGCAGAACUGUCAACAGGUCUGCUGAUAACUCCAGAUCCAGUAGACCCACUGCACGUCAGCUUCUACAGUCUGAUGUACACGUGUCCCCAGCUGCUGCGACAUUGGCAAGACAGCCAUCAUGGCCAGCAAGAAUCGUGACAGAGGGAGAGG